AUGUCAGACGAAUUACCGAUCCAAGGAACCAAUACAGAUACUUCCUCGCUCCUGGAACAACUCCCACCGGAGUUGCGAUACAUGAUCUUUACCCACCUGUUGACAGAUCCGGCCGAGCAGAAAUUGCAACACUCCCUCACGCUGGUUUGCAAACAGACACAAGCCGAGUUUGCGCACACAAUCGCGCGUGUCCUUGGGCCAAAGGCUCAGCUGCACAUGCGAAUCACCAACAGCUCUGCCUUGUUCUCGUUGUUCUACGACUAUCCUCGUGCCAACCAAGUGAGGGGACACCACGACAUCCCCACAGGCAGUGACGCCGGCUUGAUUCGAUUUUAUACAUGGGACACCUUUAAGGCAUCUAGUACCGGCAAAGAAAUACUAUCCUUCACUCGACAUGUCCGAGUAUGGUUGCCUUACUUGCAGUGGACCUAUGACAUCGUUUUUCAACCAGGCUCUACACCCAAGAUAGAUUCGACGAAUAAUGGCACCGUCGGUGAUGCCAGAACGAAUGUGGCGCCAGAAGACGCAAGAGCAAUGCUUGAGGCCACAGCUGAAAAGUGGCGAUCCAAUGAUGCAGCCACUUCUGCUGCAUGGGCUGAUGCCUUCGCCAAGGACUUGAGGAAGGAAUGGAGAGCUCUGCGUGAUGAAGCAAAGAAGGAAAUGUCGCGUGUCGAAGCCGUGCGGAUAAAAGCUGUGAUGAGUGGAAAGAUACCUCCGUAA